AAAGGGGGGCUCUGGCUUCCCUCUGGAACUGGCUCCUUAGAAGUGCAUCUGCCUGAGGAAUUCUGGGCUCAGGAGGAUUUGCUUUUUUUUUUAAACACCUUUUCUUAGGGUCUUAUUAAAAAUAAGCAAGGUGCUCGGAUGGAAAAGGAGAGCAGGACGCCUACCAGGUAUGGAUCAUUGGAGUCAACCAAGUGGACAGCUGCAGACCCAGCCAAAGAAGAAAUUGUUUCCAUGGCUGAUUCGACUACAACCGUGGGUGACAUAGAAGGGGAGCUCUUUAAAAUCGAGAGGAUCAGAGAGGUCCUGGUGAGAAGAGAGUCAGAGCUGAGAUACAUGAUGGAUGACAUUCAGCUUUGCAAAGAAAUCAGUCGGCUGAAAAAGGAGCUCCAGAAACUCAUCGCACUCCCAGAGAAAGAGAAGUCCAACGAGGAGAAGCAGAGGGAGGAGGAGCUGGUGCAGCAGAUACACAAGCUGGUGGAAACCCGGGAUUUCCUGGUGGACGACGUGGAAUUUGAAAGACUGAGAGAAAAAGAAGAAGACAAGGAAAUGGCUGAAUUCCUGCAAACAAAGCUCUCCAAAAGCUGCCUCCAGAAAGCAACCCCUGUCAAAGAGAAGAAGAUGAUGUCCAGAGGGCAGCAAACCUCCACACCGUACGUGACCAAAACAGGCCUCACCCUGCUCAAGGAAUGCUGCGGUUUCACCUGUUCCAUUAUGUAGACUCUCUCCCAGGCCUCCUCUGCACAGGACAAGAUCAUGGCAGGCCUCCAGGCAGAGUCUGUGGCUCCUGACAGCUUCAACCUCCCUUCAUUGCUCAUGCUUCCCACAGCAGCACAAAGAUGGAAGGACAUUUCCAAGCAGGCCGGUGCAAGCUUGGACGUUGGCUUGUUUUCUUGAUGCCACUUAAGUGGGAGUCGCCUUCAUGACAUUAAAAACAAAUUCCAUCUGAUCUCAGCAUGGACGGGGCUUUUACAGCAGCAGAUCAGGUGCAACUGA